AUGGUUCUAUUCACAAAUUGGAUCUCAAACAAGUUGUACACGGGUCUUUUGGAAAAUAACGCAUUGGAGGAGUUGGAAAUCGACCGGGUCUCUGAUUUCAUUGCUGCAUAUGCUGAUACGGGUUUCUCGACGUUAACAUAUUUUGCUAUAGCAUUUACGCCAUCUUUUGUUCUGUGUGCUAACGGUGCUCAGUGUCUGAUCAAUCGCCGAUUGAUCAGCAUCUCGGCCGAAGUCGACAGCGCUGCCAAUGAACUUUUGGAGGCCUUUCGACGUCGACAGAUAGCAUCUUUCGGAUUUCUGCUCCCAGGAAGCUCGCUAAAACUCAGCCGCAAGAAGGCCGUCCGGUUGAUACAGGAGUUUAUAACGCAUUUAUUGAACGAGUCGCGCAAUCUCUGCGUUGAUAGUGCUGAUGAAACCUCGCGCUUGUACGAGGAAUCUCUGCCACCGGAAACUGCCAAGUUUCUCGAGGCGGAUAGCGACAAUGAUCCAAUGACCACCAGUCUGGAAUCGAUUAGGGACCUAUGGGCAUUUUGUCGGAUGUUUCGCUCGGAAUAUUUCUUCUUGCUCGUCCGAAAAUUCCGCGUCGCACCAAUGAACGCCUUCUUCUCUUCAUUCAAGAUGCAAAGACAACUAGGGCAGCUUCAAGCCAACAUCCUGGGGAUCAUCGGCAGUUUGAAUCAGGUGCCAGCGAGGGUCGAAAUUGCCUCCAAUGUUGCAAAGAUCCCGGACACAAUGACUCUGACGAAUAUUCAAUUGAGGGAAUUGAUUCACGCGUCAGAAUCUGGUGAACUCGAUGAAGCACGUUUGGCCGCAGCUUUGCGUCGAAUCUGCAGUUUCCUUGAGGCCAAGUCUUAUGCUCAGCCUCAGGAAUUUGAUCAAUGUGAAACGGAAGAUCUUGGGGAAAGUUUAACACAAGACUCGUAUGCUUAUCAGCCUCAUCAAAGUCAGCCGGUGGAUGAGGUGUUCGAGGCUGUCGUGCGACGUGAAGAGCCAAGUGGGCGUAGUGGUUUCGAGGAGGUUGAUGAUACGGUGGAUCGGGCAUCCGGACAAAUAAUGUUGAGAGAAUUGCGCGAGAUACUGGUGGAUCGCGCGAAGGAAAUGCGCACCCGCGAGAACAGAGCUCUCGCCGCCUUCUACAACGUCGAGCCGGAAGAGAUUGAGCGCCAGGCUACCGAAGAGGAACAACAAUCUGAAGCCGAAGAAGAGCAGCGCGAGACGGCUGACCUCCUUCCGCACGUACCCGACAGCGAGGAUCUGAGGAUACGAAGGACCUUUGAAUUGCCUAAUCUGUCAUCCGAGCUGGCCAUGGCCAUACAAAAACGGGGAGGUGUUCGCGAGGAGGUGCUCGAGAAUUCUGAUUGUGAAUCUGUGGAUUUUGAA